GAAAAAAAAGAUAAGAACAUUUUUACAUUAUUAUUAAUAUAUACAUUCCUAUCAAAUCUCUCUCUGUCUCAGACUGUUUGUCUUAGAGACGACAAGUAGAUUCCUUUUUUUUCAUUUGCUUUCCCAGCAUCCAAUAAUUGUCAUAUAAUUUUCUCAAGAGAAAAUAAGAUUCUUUGGUUUUAGUUCCCAAGAAAAUAUAAUCUUGAUUUCAACUCUGUUAUUAUCUGUACUCCCGGAGCUUCUUCGUUUCUGCUUUUGAAGGAACAAGAACAAUCAAGAUUUGAGCUUAAUGGAAUCAAGAAUGGAAGGAGAUGUGUUUUCUGGAUUUGGAGAGCGGCACCAGAUGGAUGGCAAAGUGUUGCAGAGUUUCCAGAAGAGCUUUGUUCAGGUUCAAGACAUUUUGGAUCAGAACCGGCUUCUGAUCAACGAGAUCAAUCAGAACCAUGAGUCCAAACAAGCAGAUCACUUGGGAAGAAACGUUGGUUUGAUAAGAGAGCUCAACAACAAUAUCAGAACUGUAGCAAGUCUUUAUGGUGAUCUCUCUCAUUCUUUUGCCAGAUCCAUUGAUGCUUCAUCAGAAGGAGAAUCCACUGGGACCAACAACCAAAAGAGAUUUAGAUCCGGUUAAUAUUACCAAAAGAAAGAUCAAUCUCUCUGUGUUCUGUAGAUUCAAUGCUAAUCUGAGUGUGUAUUGUGCAACAAGACAACAAGGUCACUUCUGUUGAAAUGAGUUCAUGUCUUUAGUUCAGAGAAUAAAAAAAGGAAGUUCAUGUCCUUGAUGAUCAGACCUUUGGGACUAUAAUGAUAUGUAGAGCUCUUUGUUUUCUUUGGUUCUUGAUUGACUUUGUAGACCUUUUAAUUGUUGUUGUUGCAGUAACUAAGAAUAUAGAAUUGUUCAUAUGAA